AUGGCCGAGAUUCAGCCGCCGGAGGGGCAAAUAAACGGUGCUAGCGGAACCCUAGUUCUUCACUCGUCUGAGCCCGCCAUCGGAUCCAAACGACAGCGGCGGCCAAGCGUCAGAUUGGGUGACAUAGGCGGGGACCAGCCCUAUGAUUCCCACGCGCGUCGCAACGCCAAGCCGUGGAAACUUGCCUUCGACAGCCACCAUCAUCACCACCACCGCAACAAGGACAAGGACCCAGGUAAACCCUCCAAGACCCGUCCUUUAACGAACCUGAGCGAGUUUAACGAAACCCUAGAAGGCUCGAACGAGCAAGCGGGGAACGUCGACUCCGUUGCAAUUGGCAGCUGGAAGGUGAAGGAGUCUAAGAAGAGGGGCUCCGUCGCCACCAAAAGAGUCAGAUCGAAUUGGGUUUCGCGAAUCGAGGACGGCGGUGGUGACAAUGGUGGCGGGGAAGGAGAGGUAGAGAAAUACAAUAACGGGGACGAAGAUGGAGAGGAUGAUGAUGGGUAUCGGGAAUUUGAGGUGGAGAAUUCGGAGAGCCCUUUGAAGGAACAAAGCCCUAUGCAUAGUAUGGAGAAUUUGGGGGUUGAUGGGCAUAGGAGGGUUUUUAAGGGUAGGGAAAGGGAGCAACAACAUGAUGGGGUUGAGCUAUCUGCACCGUCUGAUACUGAUGUUAGGGAUUGGAAGUGUGGGGAUAGGAAUAAUGAGAAUGGUGGUGGAAGGGUUAGGGGUGGUGAAGAUGGGGUUAGGGUUUGGCUUAAUGGGCUGGGGUUAGGGAGAUAUGCGCCUGUGUUUGAAGUGCAUGAGGUGGAUGAUGAGGUUUUGCCCAUGUUGACUCUAGAGGAUCUCAAGGAUAUGGGGAUUUGUGCUGUUGGAUCCAGGAGAAAAAUGUACACGGCCAUUCAGAAGCUCGGGAAGGGCUUCUCCUGA